UUAAGUCAAGUCACAGUGAUCAAAGGGAAAAAAUAAAAGACAUUUCCAGAGAAUGUGCUCUAAAAGCCAUUGAACAGAAAAACUUACUUUCCUCACAAAGGAAAGAUUUGGAGAGGGGACAGAGAAAAGAUUUGGGUAGACAUAGAGAUUUGGUUGAUGAAGACCCUCCACAUUUCAAGACUGGAUCACCUCCUACCCUAAAUGGCUUUAGACAGUAUGGGAAUCCACAUCUAUAUCAUAGUCAAGGGAAAGGACCAUGUAAGCAUGACCGAACUGCCCAUCAGAGUCGAACUUCUGCACAAACCUUAAGUUCAAGUAAAUCCCAGAUUCUUGCUUCAGGAGAGAAAAUAACUGGCAAAACUAAGAGUGACAGCGGUACUGGGUAUGAUACAGACAGUAGCCAAGAGUCUCGCGAUAAAGGAAGCAGCUCCAAUGGCAGCAAUAAAAGCCGAAACCGAGGCUGGAAACCUAUGAGAGAAACAUUAAAUGUUGAUAGUAUUUUUAGUGAAGGUGAACAAAGGCAGCAGAGUCCAAGGCAUAAAUCAAACAUCAGUAACAAGUCUAAAUGUAGCAAAGAUCAGAGUUUUAACGAUUGGCCGAAAGAGAAUCCAAAGCAAAAGUGUUUAAUGACCAUAUAUGAAGAUGAAAUGAAGCAAGAAACGGGAAGCAGGACUUCCCUUGAAUUUAAUGGAAAAGUAGCAGAGAAAAAUAAAGCCCUCAGAGAAACUAAAGUUCAUGGUGACAACUGGCAGAUGCAAAGGACAGAGUCUGGAUAUGAAAGCAGUGAUCAUAUCAGUAAUGGCUCUGCUAAUUUGGACUCGCCUAUUAUUGAUGGAAAUGGUACAGUGGUGGAUAUCAGUGGUGAUAAAGAAACCACAUCUUUCAGUGAUCAGAUUAAGACAAGCAACCGAAACACAGAACGUGUGAACUAUACCUCCCAACAGAGCAAAAAUCACUUCGAAGGCUUUAAAAGAGAACUCAAGAACUUAGACGUAGUCUCUAAAGCUCAUGAGUUCCACCCAGAAUCACACCUACAAAUAAAAAAUCCUUUGAUAAAAAGGUCACAUAUACAUGAAACCAAUGGAAAGACAUUCCCUUCAUUCAAUCCAGAAAUACUCAAGGACCACACAGUCAGAGAGCAUACCCACCAGUCAGAUGAACAGAAACUUGAAAAAUCAAGUGAACCCAAGUUUUCUGAGUGGCUUAAUAAAGAAAAGUCUGAGAGAACAGGUUUGCUUUUUCACAUUGAUGAUAACUCUGGUUCUGGAAAGAGAGGGAACAGUAAUGAAGCAGUCUCACCAUCUUCAUCACAGUCUUCACACAUGAGAACUGUGGGGUCAAAGCCAGAAACCGCUCCCCUCAUCCAGCAGCAAAAUAUGAUGGAACGAUGUUACUAUGAGAACUCUCUACCCAGGGAACCUCUGGUUCAGUCAGCCUGUAGAUAUGACAGUUGUCAGAUGCCAAAACUUGUUUGCCAGAAUGCACCACCCCCUCUGCCACCAAAGAAAUAUGCUAUGACCAGUGUGCCACAGUCAGAGAAAAAUGAUUCUACUCCUGAUGUCAAAGUAGCAGAGACGUUUAAGACUAACUCUUCUAGUCUUCUGAAGCACAGUCCAAGUACAGCCUCAGAGCCAGGCAUAGACAUGAGUCCGUAUGUGAACAAUGAAAGAUUUAAGGAUACAUUUCAAGCAAAAGAGUAUGUCGGCAACACAUCAAACACCCCAUCCAGCUCUUCAACUAAAGAUUUUCAGGCAGACUCAGGUGUAGCUGUUGGUGCUUUCUGCCAGCCAGAAACAGACUCUAGUUCUACAUGUCCAAAUGAGACAGUUUCAUUAACUACCUAUUUUUCGGUUGAUAACUGCAUGACUGAUACAUAUAGAUUGAAAUACCAUCAGAGGCCCAAGCUUUGCUUUCCAGAGAGCAGUGGCUUUUGUAAUGAUAGUUCACUGUCUCAGAAUGAAAGAGAGCUAGGACCUGUGUUACAUAGUAGUUUUGGUUCAAACUGCCCUUCCGAGCAAAAACAUAAACCUGGUAUUCACUGUAAUAGAUAA